GAGGGUUGAGUCGGGGAAUGGGUCCUCGCGCACGGUUGGAAUUCUGCGCUGUUGCGCGAGGCGGAGACAGAGAGAGAGAGAGAAGGACUGAUCGAGACAGAUAGAGAAAGAGAGAGAAAGAGACAGAAGUGCCGUACUAGAGAAACGGUCAAAAUCUGCAUUCAGAAUAGAAAACAUGUCGGGCUCACACGUUUAAACGUUUGAAUUGGGAUUACACCGUACCAGUACUGACAUCUGAAGCGGUGUUCUGCCUGCAAUGUUGAUUUUGUCCUGCAAGUUAAAGAUGGAAUUUACUCGUGGAGGAUACAGAUGAUGAAGACAAUGGUACACAUCUGGACUAGUUUUGAAGAUUUUCAGACUGCGUUGUCAGAAUUUUUACAAAUGAGCCUUAUCAACGUGCUGAGCCAGUGAGAAGUACGCAUUAGAAGCAGCCCCACCGUCCCUACCCCAGCCACUCAUCCCCUUCUUCCUCUCACACACACAGACACAUACACACACACAAGCACACGCGCGCUCACAACCCAGGACCCACUGGCUAGCUGUUGCUGCUGCUGUGCUGUGCAAACUCACAGUGCCUGACCAGCAGAUCGAUCACACAGUUUGGAAGGAGGCUGACUGUCUGCAGAACGAUAGAUUCAGGAUCUAAUUCCUACACUGUGAGAAUGACUUGGAUUCGUGUUUGCGUCACUGCUUAUGUCUUUCUGGUACUCCACGCUAGAGCGGGUCAGAACCCAGACCACAUGCUCCUCGGCACGGGUGUCAAACCCGGGGAGUCCAAAAGGGCUCAGGGCGGCUCGACGGUGUCUCCCGAGGACGCGCCCCGCUUCCUGAGCUGUUACUGUUCAGGGCACUGUCCCGAAGAUGCCAUUAACAACACCUGCGAGACGAACGGGCAGUGUUUUGCCAUCAUAGAGGAGGAUGAGCAUGGAGAGACUCUCUUGACAUCAGGCUGCAUGAAGUACGAAGGCUCUGACUUCCAGUGCAAGGACUCCCCAAGAGUGACCCUCAGACGGACUAUUGAUUGCUGCCAAACAGACUUCUGCAACCGGGAUCUGCAGCCCACACUGCCACCACGCAUUGAGAAAGACCCCCUCUUUGGCAGUGCCCACUGGCUUGCCUUUUUGAUCUCUGUGACAGUCUGCAGCAUCGCGCUCAUUUUGAUCACUGUCAUCUGCUACUACAGGUAUAAGUGGCAGACUGAGAGACGGCGCUAUAACAGGGAACUGGAGCAGGACGAGGCCUUCAUCCCUGUUGGGGAGUCGCUUAAAGAUCUGAUUGACCAUUCACAGAGCUCUGGGAGUGGGUCCGGGCUCCCCCUGCUGGUACAGCGCACAAUCGCCAAGCAGAUUCAGAUGGUGCGCCAGAUCGGGAAGGGGCGUUACGGUGAGGUGUGGCUCGGGCGCUGGCGAGGAGAGAAGGUGGCAGUCAAGGUGUUCUUCUCCAGAGAGGAGGCCAGCUGGUUCAGGGAGACGGAGAUCUAUCAGACCGUCCUUAUGAGGCACGAGAACAUCCUGGGUUUUAUUGCUGCGGACAUCAAAGGUACGGGCACGUUCACGCAGCUCUUCCUGAUCACGGAUUACCACGAGAACGGCUCUCUCUACGACUACCUGAAGUUCACCACGCUGGACACCAAGUCCCUGCUGAAGCUAGCAUACUCGGCGGCCUGUGGCCUGUGCCACCUGCACACAGAGAUCUACGGCACGCAGGGCAAGCCCGCCAUUGCACACCGUGACCUCAAGAGCAAAAACAUCCUGAUGAAGAAGAACGGCACCUGCUGCAUCGCUGACCUUGGCCUGGCCGUCAAAUUCAACAGUGACACAAAUGAGGUAGAUAUCCCGCUGAACACGCGCGUCGGCACGCAGCGCUACAUGGCUCCCGAGGUGCUGGACGAGAGCCUGAAUAAGAACCACUUCCAAGCCUACAUCAUGGCGGACAUCUACAGCUACGGCCUCGUCAUUUGGGAGAUGGCUCGCCGCUGCGUCACUGGAGGUAUCUUGGAGGAGUACCAGCUGCCCUAUCACGACAUGGUGCCUUGCGACCCGACCUACGAGGAGAUGCGGGAGGUGGUGUGUGUGAAAUGUGUCCGUCCUGCUGUGUCCAACCGGUGGAACAGUGAUGAGUGUCUGAGGGCGAUGCUGAAAUUGAUGUCUGAGUGUUGGGCCCAAAAUCCCGCCUCGCGCUUGACAGCACUACGGGUCAAAAAGACUCUUGCCAAAAUGGUAGAAUCGCAGGACAUCAAGAUAUGAGCGCAUGCAAGAAAGGGGGAAGGACACUUGAAGAUUAUUAUUAUUAUUAUUAUUAGUUUAUUAUUAUUAUUAUUAUUAUUAUUAUUGCUAAAAUGACAGUUAUGAAUGGGGCUGAAUGGAUUUGCCUCAUUAAAACUCAUAUUCACUCCCACUGCAUGCCUAAGUAAGGAGGCUAAACUGAAGUACUUUCAGCUGAAAGGAAGUGCAGAGAGAGCAACAGGACUGGGCAUGGCUGUGGAGACACGUGGAGCUUGUGUUUGGUAUUACUGUUGAGGACAGCUUUCUACGGCGCUCUCUGUAUACUGCGCCGCUGUAAGGGGAGAUUAAAAAAGACAAUGCAGGACUUGGUUCCCCUUCUCUUGAUCUUCAGAAAAAUCUGGUAAUGAGAGAUGGAUGAACUCUGGACAUUUAGUGCUUUC